AUGCGUCGCGCUGCAGUCCUCUCCGCCUUCGUGGCCGCCGUUGCCGCCCAGUCGGCCGGCACCGAGACCGCCGAGACCCACCCCAAGAUGUCUUGGUCCAAGUGCUCGGAGGGUGGUAGCUGCACCAAGGUCAACGGUGAAGUCGUGCUCGACUCCAACUGGCGCUGGACCCACGAGGUCGGUGGCUACGAGAACUGCUAUGACGGCAACAUCUGGACCGACCUCUGCAGCAGUCCCGAGGAGUGCGGUACCAAGUGCGCCAUCGAGGGUGCCGACUACGCCGGAACAUACGGUGCGUCCACCAGCGGUGAUGCCCUCACCCUCAAGUUCGUCACCGAGCACGAAUACGGUGCCAACAUCGGCUCUCGUCUUUACCUCAUGGAAACCGAGGACAAGUACCAGAUGUUCACCCUCCUCGGUAACGAGUUCACCUUUGAUGUCGACAUGUCCAAGGUCGGCUGCGGCUUGAACGGUGCCCUGUACUUCGUCUCUAUGGAUGCCGAUGGUGGUCUUGCCAAGAGCCCCAACAACAAGGCUGGCGCCAAGUACGGUACCGGUUACUGCGAUGCUCAGUGCCCUCGCGAUCUCAAGUACAUUGACGGCAAGGGUAACAUCAUUGGCUGGAACCCCUCCGACAACGACCAGAACGCCGGCCAACAAAAUCUCCACCGCCUACACCCCCACCCCUGCACCACCGUCGGCCAGCACACCUGCACGGGCGACUCCUGCGGCGGCACCUACUCCGACGACCGCUACGGCGGCACCUGCGAUCCCGACGGUUGCGAUUUCAACUCGUACCGCCAGGGCGACCUCGAAUUCUACGGCCCAGGUAUGACCGUCGACACCAACAAGGUCUUUACCGUCGUCACGCAGUUCAUCGAGGAGGCCGGCCAGCUCUCCGCCAUUCGUCGCUUCUACGUCCAGGACGGCAAGGUGAUUGCCAACAGCGAGUCCCUCAUCGAGGGCAACCCCGGCAACGAGAUCAACGACGAGUUCUGCAAGGCCCAGAAGAAGGCCUUUGGCGACGGCGACGUCUUCAACGAUAAGGGUGGCUUCCCCCAGUUCACCGAGGCCGUCGCCGGCGGCAUGGUGCUCGUCAUGUCCCUCUGGGACGACCACUACUCCAACAUGUUGUGGCUCGACUCCACCUUCCCCACCGACGCCGCCGCCUCGGAGCCUGGCAAGGCUCGUGGUUCUUGCCCUACCGACUCUGGUGUUCCUGAAGAGGUUGAGGCUUCUCAGGCCUCUGACCAGAUCAUCUUCUCCAACAUCAAGUUCGGCCCUGUCGGCUCUACCUUCGACCAACCUUAG